AGUUGUCUGCAAAUUUAGCUGAUCAGCCUGGUUACAUGGAUACGAAGACCAAGCCAAGGUUCAUGCUUUAUGUUAUCUUCCUGUGCCUGUUUUUCAAGACUUAUUUCUCACAAGGAAUGAAUACCAUCUCUGAAGGCUAUGUACUAUCUGGCGAUUCCACCGUUCUCUCUGCAGGCGGAGUCUUCCAACUCGGAUUCUUCAAACCAGGCCCUGCUCCAAACUACUACGUCGGAAUAUGGUACGUCCAAGAUCCUUCUCGGACGGCGGUUUGGGUGGCCAAUAGAGAGAAGCCUGUCUCACCUUCAUCUCAGCUAAGAAUAUCAGAUGGCAAUUUAGUCCUCUUUGAUGAGUCAAAAUCACCAGUUUGGUCCACAAAUGUGAAGAACAACUCCACUACUGUACAAGGGAUUCUUCUAAACACCGGAAACCUCGUCUUGAACGACAUCGGAACUAAUCCGCCAAAAUCAUUAUGGCAAAGUUUUGAUCAUCCUACUGAUACGUGGCUACCUGGUGCUAAGAUUGGAUACAACAAAAUAACCAAAAAAGGCCAGGUUUUUACUUCAUGGAAAAACUCGGAGGACCCUGCCCCAGGCCUAUUCUCUCUUCAGCUAGAACCGAGCGACAACUCGUUUCGCCUUCUGUGGAAUAGGUCUAAGACCUACUGGACUAGUGGACCUUGGAAUGGACAGUACUUUAGCUUGCUCCCAGAGAUGAGGCUUCUUUAUAUCUUCAAUUACAGCUUUGUGUCAAACCAAAACGAGAAAUAUUUCAUCUAUACUCUUAAAAACACUUCCAAUACUAGGUCGCGAUGCGUUCUGAAUGUUUCGGGCCAGAUUAAGCAACUGAAUUGGGUUCCUAAUAGCGGAUGGAAUUUGUUUUGGAGUCAACCGAUGAAACAAUGCGAAGUUUACUCUCUUUGCGGGGCGUAUGGUAGCUGCAACGACAAGUCCUUGCCCUCGUGUCGUUGUUUGAAAGGGUUUAAGCCGAAGUUGCAGAGUGAGUGGGAUUUGGAGGACUAUUCCGGUGGGUGCUUGAGAAUAACCAAACUGCAAUGUGGUAACACCACUCUUGCUAAUGGUGGUCGAGACAGAUUUCUAAAGAUGCUCAACAUGUCAAUGCCUGAAAAUAACCACUCUGUCCGAGUCGGGAUUUCAGGAGAAUGUGAAUCGAGGUGUUUGAAUAACUGUUCUUGCACUGCUUACGCCUAUGACAGAAAUGGAUGUUCAAUUUGGGCAGGAGAUCUCGUUAAUCUUAAGCAGCAAGGUAACAACAGUGAAAAUACUCUCCAUGUUCGACUAGCAGCUUCCGAGUUUCAGAGUCCUAAUACAGUAUUUGGCUCUCCAACACAGUCCAAAGGAUCUUCACGAAAUCGGAAGCUUUAUGGUAUCUUGUUUGGGACUAUAGCUGCCGUUUUGGUCAUCUCUUGCACUGCUUAUUCUGUUUAUUAUCUGAGAAGGAAAAGAACGGCCAAUAGACAAGGCGUGAGGCGCAUCAAAAGUUUCGUACGUUCAGGUGAAUUUAAAGAAGAUGAAAAGAAAGGUAUAGAAGUACCCUUUGUUGUUUUGGAAAGCAUACUAGCUGCUACAGAUAACUUUUCAGAAGCAAAUAAACUUGGACAAGGAGGAUUUGGUCCUGUUUAUAAGGGUAAAUUUCCUGGAGGACAAGAAAUUGCUAUUAAGAGGCUCUUGAGUGGUUCAGGACAAGGCUUACAAGAAUUUAAGAAUGAGGUUUUGUUGAUUGCCAAACUUCAGCAUCGGAAUCUUGUCAGACUUCUGGGCUACUGUGUUGAAGGAGAUGAGAAAAUGUUGCUCUAUGAAUAUAUGCCCAAUAAAAGCUUAGACACGUUCAUCUUUGAUCAAAAUCAAUGUGUGUUGCUGAACUGGGAGAUUCGCUUUAAUAUCAUAUUGGGAAUUGCUAGAGGGCUUCACUAUCUUCACCAUGAUUCAAGGUUAAGAGUUAUCCACAGAGAUUUGAAAACCAGCAAUGUUCUACUUGAUGAAGAGAUGAACCCGAAAAUUUCUGACUUUGGGUUGGCGAAGAUUUUUGGAGGCAAGCAAACUGAGGCAAACACAAACAGAGUAGUUGGGACAUAUGGUUACAUGUCCCCAGAGUAUGCAUUACAUGGGUUAUUCUCAAUCAAAUCGGACGUUUUCAGUUUUGGUGUUGCUGUACUUGAGAUUAUCAGUGGAAAAAGAAACACUGGAUUUUACCAGUCAGAACAAGCUUCAAGUCUUCUAGACUACGCAUGGAAGCUAUGGAAAGAAAACAAGGCACUGGAUUUAAUGGAUCCACCAUUGAGGGAGACUUGCAAUGAAAAUGAAUUCUUGAGGUGUUUCAACGUAGGACUAUUGUGCGUACAAGAUGAUCCAAAUGAUCGACCGACUAUGUCAAAUGUGGUAGUCAUGCUUGGAAGUGAAAAUGGAAAUCUUCCAAGUCCUAAGCAACCGGCCUUUGUUGUGAAAAGACCACUUUCUAGCAGAGCUUCUUCUGAACCAUUAUCAAAUAAUGAGUUAACAGAUACCUUGAAUGAAGGCCGGUGACAAUCUUUAUCUGCGAGUCUUGCAGGUCAUUGCCUUGAACAAGGUGGUGUCUGUUUUGUUGAGCAUUGCCAUGUACUUCUUUUUUGGUGUGAACUUAGUGUGUGUGUGAGCAUAGAGGAAGAUAUGCUGUACGCGGUCAUAUAAACCUAAAGAGUUGACUAAAAGCCUGAUUUUUAGUGUGUAUAACUUUACAAUAAUCUAGUCAAGAUCAAACUCUAGAACCAGAACAGGAGAAUCUCAUUAUUGCCACAAGCAAUGACGCUGAAAGUUCGAUUGUCAAAAGCUCAAACAUAAUGUUGGGAUUUUUGGAUCGGCAUUAUUUUGCAAAUUGAAAGAUUUGAUUUUGGGUUUAAUAUGGAGAUUGAUUUGCUGCAUUGAAUUGAUUUAGAGAUUGAAUGGAAAGUACUUUAGCUUGCUCCCUGAGAUGGGGCUCCAUUACAUCUUUAAUUACAGCUUUGUGUCAAACCAAGACGA